AUGCAGGCUGCUUAUCGGGAAUGUGUUACGUCUAAAUCAGCAACGAUAUCGACGAUUAUUACUGAUAAUUUGAAUCAAAGUAAUUCAGUCGAAGAUUCAUGUCCUCGGCCAUGGUCUUUUGUAGAUUCAAAAUCUUAUGAAGUUUUAUGGCGUAUCAUUUAUUGGACAUCACAAUUUCUUACUUGGCUUGUUUUACCAUUUAUGCAAUCAAUAUGUCAAACAGGUGAAUUUUAUCUAAAAGGGAAGAUUCGAUAUGCUUUGAGAUCAAAUUUAUUUUAUUAUGGAACACUUUUACUUAUAUUUGGAAUUCUUGUUAUUUAUGUGGCAAUUAAUUAUAAUUUAGAUGCAUCAAAUUUUAAGGUUAAUAAUUAA